AUGGGCGAGAAAACGAACUGCAUGGCCAAAAUUUUUAAGCAAUGGCCUUUCUUGAGCUUCGGCGUACUUUUGACUCUUCUUGGUCUGUUUGUUACCCCAUCAGUUGAAUCGCGAUCUCUUGUGAAAGAUGGUUUCCCGAGUAUCAGUUAUCAUCACCCAUUUCCAUGGGAAACCAGGCGUCCAGCCGCGUAUCUGGAGGAAAAACGUCGCUCGGCAAUAAACUUCAGAAAACUCUUGGAGGCGCUGAACUCACCAGUGGAAGACGAUGAUCUACUGCCAAUCUCAAGUUUGCGAUUCGGCUAAGCACGCGCUCGACUUAAGAAAAAAUGAUUUGUGAAAACUUUGCACAUGUCACCCUAAAUACACUGUACCGA